AUGUCGAUCCUGCUGACGCUGUGCGCCGCGCUCCUGCCCCUGGUGACUCCGGGCCGAGGUGGCCGGCGGUGGGAGCCCUGCACAGAUCUGCGCCCCCUGGACAUCCUGGCUGAGGCGGUCCCUCCGAAUGGCGCUGAGAGCGGCAUCCGCGUGACACGGGUCCAAGGAGCGCUGGGCCUCCAGCUCUCCAGCCCCCACGCCAUGAGCUUCCCUGCCUCGAGGAUUUUCGUCAGAUGCGAUCUCUUCCCUGAAGAAUUUUCCAUCAUCGUCACCUUGAAAGCUCCCAGUCUCCCCCCUAAGAAGAACGAGUACCUGUUCACGGUGGUGGCUGAGGGCCCCGACGCGCUGCUGCUGGGCCUGCGGUACUCGCCCACCCGGCUGCACUUCCUCUUCCUCAGCCAGGACGCGGCGGGCGCCUGGCAGACCCGCGUGUCCUUCCGCAGCCCCGCCCUGAUGGACAGCCAGUGGCACACGCUGGUCCUGGCCGUGUCUGAAGACUCCUUCUCCCUCACCACGGACUGCGGCGUCCCCGUGGACAUAACUGCCGAUGUGCCCUUCCCAGCCACCCUAUCGGUGCAAGGAGCCAGGUUCUUCAUCGGCAGCCGGAGGAGGGCCAAAGGCCUGUUCACGGGCCUGGUCAGGCAGCUGGUCCUGCUGCCCGGCUCCGACGCCACUCCCAGGCUGUGUCCCUGCAGGAAUGCAGAGCUCGUGCUGUCCAUCCCCCCAAUCCUGCAGGGUCUCACAGGGAAGCCGGAGGAUAAUGAGGUGCUGAAAUAUCCCUAUGAAACCGACAUGAAGGUGACGCUGGGAUCCCGGCCUCCGUGCACCAAAGUGGAGGAUGCCCAGUUCUGGUUUGACGCCGGGCAGAAGGGGCUGUACCUGUGCGUGGGCAGCGAGUGGGUCUCCGUGCUGGCAGCCAAGGAGAGGCUGGACUACGUGGAGGAGCACCAGCGCCUCUUCACGCACUCGGAGACGCUGGGCAUCGAGGUCUUCGCCAUCCCCGAGGCCGGGCUCUUCAUCGCCACCGCCAACCGCAAGGCCACGUCCGCCAUCUACAAGUGGACGGACGGGGCGUUCGCCUCGUACCAGAGCAUCCGCACGCACCAGGCGCAGUCCUGGAGGCACUUCACCAUCGGGAAAAAGAUCUUCCUGGCUGUGGCCAACUUUGACCCCAACGAGAAGGGCCAGGAGUUCUCCGUCAUCUACAAGUGGAGCCCGAGAAAGCUGCGGUUCACGCCCUACCAGAGGGUGGCCACCCACAGCGCCCGGGACUGGGAGGCCUUCGAGGUGGCCGGGGAGCACUUCCUGGCCGUGGCCAACCACAGGGAAGGAGAUAACCACAACAUCGACAGCGUCAUCUACAAGUGGAACCCGCAGACCCGCCUGUUCGAGGCCAACCAGACCAUCGCCACCUCCGGCGCCUACGACUGGGAGUUUUUCACGGUGGGGCCCUACUCGUUCCUGGUGGUGGCCAACGCCUUCAACGGCACGUCCACCAAGGUGCACUCCCACCUGUACGUCUGGCUGGUCGGCUCCUUCCAGCUCUUCCAGUCUUUCCUGACAUUUGGCGCCGCGGACUGGGAAGUUUUCCACAUUGGAGACAGGAUCUUUCUCGCUGUUGCCAACAGUCACAGCUACGACGUGGAGGCGCAGGUGCAAAAUGACUCCUACGUCAUCAACUCGGUCAUCUACGAGCUCAACGUCACCGCACAGACAUUCGUCAAGUUCCAGGAGAUCCCGACCUGCAGCGCCCUGGACUGGGAGUUUUUCUCGGUGGGGGAAGAUUACUUCCUGGUGGUUGCCAACUCCUUCGACGGAAACACCUUCUCCGUAAACAGUAUUAUUUACAGGUGGCAGGGGUACGAAGGCUUCGUGGCUGUGCACAGCCUCCCCACCUUCGGCUGCCGGGACUGGGAGACCUUCCGCACCACGGCCGGCUCCUACCUCGUCUACUCCAGCGGCAAGGAGCCCCUCUCCCGGGUGCUGAAGCUCAGGACAGGGUGA